UCCACUUAAAGCAAAGAAAGAUGGAGUUUCUUACUGAACUAUCAAAAGAAGCUGUCUCAAAACUUGGAGAAUUGGCAGUGCAGUCUACAGUGAAGCAGUUUGAAUAUGUGAUCCAGCACAAACAAAUUAUUGCCGACUUGAAGGAAGAACACAAUAAGUUGAAGGGUGUCAAAGAAGCUCUACAAGCAUGGGUUGACACAAAAAGAAUGAAUAGAGAAGGAACUGAACCUAACAUAGAAAAGUGGCUCAAUGACGUUGCAGCAUUUGAAAAUGUGUUACAAAGUUUCUACGAAGAAAAAGUUAAGAUGAACAAGAAAUGUUUUGGUGGAAAGUGUCCAAAUUUGACAUAUAAUUACUCAUUGGGAAAGCAAGCCUCUAAAAGCAUUGAAUAUAUUAUAAGGUUGAAGGAGGAAAAAAAUGAAUUCCAGCUCAUAUCCUACCAUAAAGCUCCACCAACUCUUGGAUCCACCUUCACUGAAGAUAUUAAGAGCUUGGAGUCUAGGAAGAUAAUCAUAAAAGGAGUCAUAGAGAAACUGAAGGAUGAUAAGUUCAAAAGAAUAAGCAUAUGUGGAAUGGGUGGAGUGGGAAAAACCACUCUGGUAAAAGAAAUCAUCAAAUCUGUAGAAAAUAAGUUAUUUGAUAAAGUUGUGAUGGCAGUGAUAUCCCAAAAUCCUGAUUACAAGUAUAUCCAAAGUCAAAUUGCUGAUUGUUUAGGCUUGAGUUUGAAAAGUGAAAGUGUGGAUGGAAGAGGCAGGGAAUUAAUUCAUAGGUUGAAGGAAAUCGAUGAUGAUGGAAAGAUUAAAGUCCUAGUUGUGCUCGAUGAUGUGUGGAGUGAGCUUAAUUUUGAUUGGGUGGGACUUCCAUCUCGAGAUAAUCAAAAAUGUAGCAAAAUAAUAUUCACAUCACGAAAUGAAAAGGAAUGUCAAAAGAUGGGAAGCCAAGUGAAUUUUCAUGUUUCUAUUUUGCUUAAGGAUGAAGCCUGGUAUCUGUUUCAAUCAAUGGCAGGUGAUGUUGUAUAUGAACCUCGUAUUUAUCCAAUAGCAAAACAAGUUGCAAAGGAAUGUGGAGGCUUGCCUCUUGCUAUUGUAAUUGUUGGAAAAGCACUUGAAAAUGAGAAAAAGCUUAGUGCAUGGGAGGAUGCAUUUGAACAAUUACAAAAUUCACAAUCAUCUUCCUUCUCAGAUGUUCACAAUUUUGUUUACUCACGCAUCGAACUUAGUUUCAAAUUUUGGGGUAGCACAGAACACAAGAAAUUCCUUAUGCUUUGUGGAUUGUUUCCGGAAGACUUUGACAUACCUAUUGAAAGUUUAUUAUGUCACGCAAUGGGCUUGGGAUUGUUCAAAGCUAUCGGUGAGCCAUGGAAAGCAAGAAACCGAGUGAAUAGUUUUGUGGACGAUCUAAAGAGAUGCUUCUUGUUGUUGGAUAGCAAUGUCCCAGGGUGUGUGAAGAUACAUGAUAUUGUACGUGAUGUUGUCAUAUUAGUUGCAUUUAAAAUAGAACAUGGGUUUAUGGUGAGAUAUGACAUGAAGAGUUUGAAAGAAGAGAAAUUAAAUGACAUCAGUGCAUUAUCACUUAUCUUGAAUGAGACGGUAGGGUUAGAAGACAACUUAGAGUGUCCUACCCUUCAGCUUCUACAAGUUAGAUCAAAAGAAAAGAAACCAAACCAUUGGCCGGAACAUUUCUUCCAAUGCAUGAAAUCACUCAAAGUUUUGUCUAUGCAAAAUGUGUACAUUCCAAAACUUCCAUCUCUAUCUCAAGUCUCAGUUAGCCUCCAUAUGCUGCUAUUAGAAUAUUGUGAUGUUGGAGAUAUAUCUAUAAUUGGUAAGGAACUUAUACACCUAGAAGUCUUAAGUUUUGCACACUCUAAAAUUAAAGAACUUCCAGUUGAAAUAGGAAACUUGAGCAUUCUAAGAUUAUUGGAUUUGACAAAUUGCAAUGAUCUUAAAGUCAUUUCUACUAAUGUCUUGAUAAGAUUGUCUCGAUUGGAAGAACUUUAUUUAAGGAUGGACAAUUUUCCUUGGGAAAAAAAUGAAAUUGCGAUCAAUGAGUUGAAAAAGAUAUCUCAUCAGCUAAAGGUUGUUGAGAUGAAAGUCAGAGGGACUGAAAUUUCAGUCAAGGACUUGAACUUAUACAACCUACAAAAGUUUUGGAUUUAUGUGGAUCUUUAUAGUGAUUUUCAGCGCUCUGCAUAUUUGGAGUCAAAUUUAUUGCAAGUCGGUGCUAUAGAUUAUCAAUCUAUUAAUAGCAUAUUGAUGGUCUCACAAUUGAUUAAGAAAUGUGAAAUCCUUGCAAUAAGAAAGGUGAAAAGCUUGAAAAAUGUUAUGCCACAAAUGUCACCUGAUUGUCCAAUUCCAUACUUGAAAGAUUUAAGGGUUGAUUCAUGUCCUGAUCUCCAACAUCUGAUAGAUUGUAGUGUUCGUUGCAAUGACUUUCCACAAAUCCAUUCAUUGUCUUUGAAAAAACUUCAGAAUUUGAAAGAGAUGUGUUAUACACAUAAUAACCAUGAGGUCAAGGGAAUGAUAAUUGACUUCUCAUAUUUUGUGAAAUUGGAAUUAAUAGACCUCCCAAACUUGUUUGGCUUUAACAAUGCUAUGGAUUUGAAAGAGCUCAAUCAAGUAAAAAGAAUUAGUUGUGAUAAAUCUGAACUAACAAGGGUCGAGGAAGGUGUGCUAUCAAUGAGUGGCAAGUUGUUUUCAUCUGAUUGGAUGCAACAUUUCCCAAAAUUGGAAACAAUCUUGCUACAAAAUUGUUCUUCCAUUAAUGUGGUCUUUGACACUGAAAGAUAUUUAGAUGGCCAAGUAUUUCCACAAUUGAAAGAACUGGAGAUAUCUCACCUUAAUCAACUAACACAUGUCUGGAGUAAAGCUAUGCAUUGUGUUCAAGGUUUUCAAAAUUUGAAAACUUUGACAAUAUCAAAUUGUGACUCUCUGAGACAAGUAUUUACUCCAGCUAUUAUUGGAGCAAUCACCAAUAUUGAGGAAUUGGAGAUACAAUCUUGUAAGUUGAUGGAGUAUUUAGUGACAGAUGAUGAAGAUGGUGAUGAAGGUGACCAUAUUAAUAAAGAGGAAGUAAAUAUUAUCUCGUUUGAAAAAUUAGAUUCCUUAACACUUUCAAGACUCCCAAGUAUAGCACAUGUUUCUGCAAAUUCUUACAAGAUAGAAUUUCCAUCCUUAAGAAAGUUGGUAAUUGAUGAUUGUCCAAAGCUAGAUACAUUGCUUUUGCUAUGUGCAUAUACAAAGCACACAAAUCAUUCCACUGCAUCAUAUUUAAAUCUUGAUGGCACUGGUGUUAGCCAUUUUGAAGAAAACAACCCAAGAUCUUCUAAUUUUCAUUCUGGUUGUACGCCGCUGUGUUCUAAAUUGAUUCGACAAAGCAAAAAAAAUAACAAAAUCAACAAGGCUCCUUCUGUUUCUGAAACAAAACUCGAGAUAGAGUUGGGUGGUGCACCUCUUCUUGAAGAUCUUUAUGUAAACUAUUGUGGUUUGCAAGGGAUGGAUAAAACAAGGAUAAGAAGCGCGCCAGUUAUAGACGGACACUUGUUCCCAUACUUAAAAUCACUAAUCAUGGAGAGCUGUAACAAAAUAAGUGUCUUGUUAUCUUUUUCGUCUAUGAGAUAUCUUGAGCGUCUAGAGAAGCUACACGUAUUGAAUUGCAGAAACUUAAAUGAGAUAGUAUCUCAAGAAGAAUCAGAAUCAAGUGAAGAAAAGAUUGUGUUCCCAGCAUUGCAAGAUCUGCUUCUUGAAAACCUUCCAAACCUUAAGGCUUUCUUCAAAGGACCCUGUAAUCUUGAUUUUCCAUCACUACAAAAAGUGGACAUCACAGAUUGCCCUAAUAUGGAAUUGUUUUCACGAGGACUUUGUAGUGCACAGAAUCUUGAGGAUAUCAACAUAUGUCAGAAUGAAUUAUGCAUCACCAGCUACAUAAAUAAGAAUGACAUGAAUGCCACUAUACAAAGAUCUAAAGCAUGUGUGGAAUUGAAAAGUUCUGAGAUGUUGAACUGGAAGGAGCUAAUUGAUAAAGACAUGUUUGGAUACUUUUCCAAAGAAGGGGCAAUAUACAUCAGAGAAUUUCGUAGAUUAUCAAUGCUUGUACCAUUCAGUGAGAUACAAAUGCUUCAACAUGUAAGGAUACUCGGUGUAGGUGACUGUGAUUCAUUGGUUGAGGUGUUUGAAUCAGAAGGAGAAUUUACAAAAAGGGGUGUCGCUACACAUUAUCAUCUACAAAAGAUGACACUGGAAUAUUUGCCAAGAUUGAGUCGCAUAUGGAAACACAAUAUCACAGAGUUUGUAAGCUUUCAGAAUCUAACAGAAAUUGAAGUUUCUGAUUGCCGCAAUUUGAGGAGUUUGCUCUCCCAUUCUAUGGCUAGAAGCCUUGUGCAACUUCAAAAAAUAGUAGUUGUUAGAUGUGGAAUCAUGGAGGAGAUAAUAACAAUAGAAGGGGAAUCUAUAGAAGGAGGCAACAAAGUCAAGACUUUAUUUCCUUAG